AAAUUCUCUCGCGCUUAGUCAAAAAGCAGAGCCAAAGAUGAAGAAAUCGUAUAAAGGAAAAUUGCCGACGGGAACUCCGUCUCUGGCAUUGUCAACCGUCGUCGUCGUUGCUUCCCUUCUCACCGGAGCCUCUGUCGUCCACAACAUCUAUAAGCCAGAUCUCAGUUUACCACCGUUGGAAAGUGUUGAAGUGGCCAAGAAGGAUGAUUCUGCAAACAAAGUUUGAAUCUUUCAAUAUUUUCUUCCUGUAUUUUUGGUUACAUUCAAUUUGUUUGUUCUCUCUUUUUUUUUUUUUGGUUGUUCUCUUUCAAUUCAUGAGUUAACAAAAAAACAUGGAUAAAGUUUAAAACCAAGAUCUUUAUUAAAGGCCUUUAUUCUUA